AUGAGAUAUACGAGCAGACGUCUCGAACAGCGGCUCAAGCUACCCCACAAACAGACACAGAACGAAGGAAUCGAAUUUAAAAGGCUUCGUCGCGAUGUGACCAUUAGCCCGAUGGACGACUUUUUUGACAUCGUCAUUUAUCGACGGCGCUUUCCUUUCUAUGGUGACGAAUUCGUCCUUCUCGAUGAAUUUACCUUAUUCAUCACUCCUCUUGAUGAAAAAGAAUAUUCUGUUUAUUUCAGAGUGUCGUUUAUAUUUUUUGCUUGUCUAUAUCGAUUGGAAAAUGUCUACGAUGCUGAUUUUACGCUAAAAAAGUUUGUCACAUGGAAUAUUCAACAGAGCACAAUAAAGGGUGUAUCCCAAGGUAUGCAGCCGGUCUCUGAUAGAACUAUUCCAAAGUUACCGGAUCACAUGUGCUACAAAAAUGAGCCAUUCAUCGUUCUAGAAAGGUGCAUAGCAUGCUCUCCGUUUGAACAAAAUGCUGUAAAAGCAGCUUAUUGUCUUGAAACCGGUUUCUAUGACAAAGUGAACUGUUCGCGAAGUAAACAUCUUGGUUUGAAGCCGUGCUAUGAAAAGACAAGUCGGUCUGCACAGUUUAAUUUAUUCACGUUGUUAUGUACUUUUUGUUUUAUUGCCAGUUAUGGCUUCGUGAACUGGAGGCAAAAUGUGCUUCGCAAACAAGGCUUUAUGAGAAUACAGAAUCAGUUUAAUUAA